AUGUGGCUCAACACCACUCCAUCUGUAUUCCUGCUUACUGGCUUCCCAGGCCUGGAGAAGGCCCAUCACUGGAUCUCCCUCCCACUGUUGAUGACCUACAUCUCCAUCCUUCUUGGCAAUGGCACCCUUCUCUUUCUCAUUAGGGAUGACACUAACCUUCAUGAGCCCAUGUACUAUUUUUUAGCUAUGUUGGCAGCGACAGAUCUUGGAGUGACCUUGACCACAAUGCCUACGGUGCUGAGUGUUCUGUGGUUAAAUAACAGAGAGAUUGGCUAUGGAGCUUGCUUCUCUCAGGCCUAUUUCAUCCAUACUCUUUCUAUUGUGGAAUCCGGUGUCUUGCUUGCCAUGGCCUACGACCGUUUCAUUGCCAUUCGAAACCCCUUAAGAUAUACCUCCAUCCUUACUGACAUGCAGGUAAUUAAAAUUGGGGUGGGAGUGUUGACAAGGGCCUGUCUGUCAAUUAUGCCAAUAAUCAUUCGGCUGCACUGGUUUCCCUACUGUCGAUCCCGCAUCCUCUCCCAUGCUUUCUGUCUGCACCAAGAUGUCAUCAAGCUCGCUUGUGCAGACAUCACCUUCAAUCAAGUCUACCCAGUGGUGGUUGUAUUUGCUAUGGGCCUGUUGGACUUUCUCAUUAUCUUUUUCUCCUAUAUUUUGAUUCUCAAGACGGUCAUGGGCAUUGCUUCUAGAGAGGAACGAGCCAAGGCCCUCAACACAUGUGUCUCCCAUAUCUGCUGCAUCCUGGUCUUCUACAUCACUGUAGUUGGCCUAACGUUUAUUCAUAGGUUUGGCAAGCAUGUUCCUCAUGUGGUCCAUAUCACUAUGAGCUACAUCUACUUCCUCUUCCCCCCUUUCAUGAACCCUGUUAUCUACAGCAUUAAAACCAAACAGAUUCAGAGUGGGAUACGGCGCUUGUUUUCUUUGCCUUGCUCUAGAGUAUGA